AAGUUAGUAGGGAAGAGGUUACUUUAAUCGAAAUAAGUUACUUCCCAAAGAAAAUGGAUGGUGUCAAACUGAUUCUUCAAUUCCUAUCGGUGUUUUUCUUGUCAUUACAUCCAAUUCGUUCAGAAGCUAAACGUCCUCCCAACAUUGUUUUCAUUUUGGCUGACGAUUUCGGCUGGAAUGACAUCGGUUAUCACGGAUCAGAAAUUAAAACGCCAAAUCUGGACAGGCUCUCUGCUAAAGGAGUGCGGCUGGAGAAUUACUAUGUACAGCCCAUCUGCACCCCGUCCAGAAACCAGCUGAUGACUGGACGCUACCAGAUCCACACUGGCAUGCAGCACCAGAUCAUCUGGCCAUGUCAACCUUAUUGUGUUCCUCUGGAUGAAAAGCUGCUGCCUCAGCUGAUGAGGGAAGCAGGUUAUGCCACACACAUGGUGGGCAAGUGGCACCUGGGAAUGUUCCAGAAAGACUGCCUGCCAACCCGCAGAGGGUUUGACACUUACUUUGGUUAUCUAACUGGAUCAGAGGAUUACUACACCCAUCACCGCUGUGUCCACAUCCAGCCUCUCAACCUCACCCGCUGUGCACUGGACCUGAGAGAUGGAGAGGAGGUGGCCACAGCAUACAGUGGAGCCUACUCUACUGAACUGUUCACUGAAAAAGCUACCAGCAUCAUUAAAACACACAAAACAGACAAGCCUCUGUUUCUUUACGUGGCUCUGCAGUCAGUUCAUGCUCCUCUCCAGGUGCCUGAGCGUUAUGUCACCCCAUAUCAGUCAAUCCAAAACCACAACCGCAGAACCUACGCAGGAAUGGUGUCAGCCAUGGAUGAGGCAGUGGGCAACAUCACCCAGAGCCUUCAGGACGCGGGGCUUUGGGACAACACGGUGCUCAUCUUCUCUACAGAUAAUGGUGGGCAGACACUGGAAGGAGGCAAUAAUUGGCCUCUACGAGGCAGGAAGUUGACUCUUUGGGAGGGCGGGGUUAGGGGUAUUGGCUUUGUCACGGGACCAUUACUGGAGAAUCCAGGAACUGUCAGUCGUGAACUUAUCCAUAUUUCUGACUGGCUUCCCACACUGGUGGGCCUGGCUGGUGGAACAACCAAUGGGACAAAGCCCCUUGAUGGAUUUGAUCAAUGGGGCACCAUUAGUCGCGGUAAAGCCUCGCCAAGACUGGAGCUGCUUCACAACAUUGACCCUCUCUAUGAAGACACAACUCCGUGUGAGUUAAGAAAAAGAAGAGGAAAAAAUGUUAGGUGUAAUGUGGACCAUUGGGCCAGAAUAGACAGUACCAGGGAACCGCAGUCGGGCCCGUUGAAGUUCAACAAAUCUAACUUCAAUGUGUCCAUGCACGCAGCUAUCCGCUACAAAAACUGGAAGCUUCUCACCGGUUACCCAGGUUGCCAUUAUUGGAUUCCACCCCCAUCACUGAGGGGUUCUGAGAACUCUGGGUCGGGCCCGGUCGAGUCCACGGAGCCUCUGAAGACCGUCAUGCUGUUUAAUAUUGACGAGGACCCUGAAGAGAAGAACGAGCUAUCGGCCAAGCGCCCAGAGGUGGUCAGCUUCCUGCUCAGACGCUUACAGCACUAUCAGAAAGAGGCCCAACCCAUUACAUACCCACCUGAUGACCCCAAAUGUGACCCUGGACCAACUGGAGCUUGGGGACCAUGGGCAUAAGACUGAUGAUGAUGAUGAUGAUGAUGAUGAUGAUGAUGAUGAUGAUGAUGAUUCAGUCAGUCGAGAUUUAAUAUGUGAAUUUUACCUGUGUCAGGGGUACCCAUAAACACCCCAGAUUUUUACUGUGGCAUGUGAGCAUCUGUUGAAUCUUUUCAAACUAUCAUUGCCAACCGGGUGAUCAAAUCAUAUUCUGUAUGUGUACUGCGUCCCAGUGCAUCUUCUCCGGUCGUCCAACUGUUUCUCAGUUUUCUCAG